UGAAUAUCACAUCUCCGCACGCUGCGUUGCGCUGCUCUUGAAGUUGUUUAAUUUUGAAGACUAUUCGGUAUCAUAACUGGAUUGGAACUUUGCGAUCCACAAUGUGUUACGCCGGAAAAUGUUGCUACUUUAUGAAGGUAGAGACUGGAUCUAUGAUAUUCGCUGUUAUCAAUAUGAUUAUCAAUUCUAUACUCGCCAUCGGUAUUAUUGCAGCCCUGGUAUGGUAUGAAAUUCAUUAUUAUCAAGCUCUACAUCGCACUGAUUACAAUAUUGUGAACAACGUUUACCAGAAUACACACGAAGCUGCAAGGUUAUACCAGCUGUAUAUUUAUAGAAACAUAAUUUUAGGUGUAAGCCUGAUGUUGAGCUUGAUAUAUUUCGCAUUUUCUGUAUUGUUGCUCAACGGAUUAAUAAAGACAAAAUCCGGGCAAGUGAAGGUCUAUUUCAUAUUUGGUGUCAUCAUAAAUGUGUUGAGCUACGCACUAAUCAUAUAUGAACCAGCUGUAAUAACUGUUUCAGUGUCCUACACCCUGUUGCUCGUGAUGAUUUAUAUGACGUACAACAAAAUGGAGGCUAACAAAUACUGUGGAACGGUAUUAGAUGACUGUUCGGUCCUCGUCUCAGCUUAAAUUACUAUUGUACUAAUUGUUUAUUUUAUGUUAACAGUUCUAUGAUAUAACGUAAGGUUAUUUUCAUAGUCCAAGUGGGAACUCUAACAACAAGAACACGAAAUACGAAAAUAUUUUAUAAUAUUAUAUUGUUAAUUUAUUUCACUGUUAUUUUCACGUGUUAACAUGAUUGGGAAGUGCGGGAUAUACAGCACCCAUAAUUAUCUUAAUACUAUUAUGUAAUAUUAUCUUGUCUAUGAUAUUAU